UCAGAGGGAAACAGCAAGAGAUUGACUCCAAAGAUGCUAUUAUUUUGCAUCAGUUUGCAAGACCUAACAAUGGUGUCCCCAGUUUAUCUCCUUUCUGUUUGAAAAUGGAAACUUAUUUAAGGAUGGCUGACUUACCCUAUCAGAAUUAUUUUGGUGGAAAACUCUCUGCUCAAGGGAAAAUGCCUUGGAUUGAAUAUAAUCAUGAAAAAGUUUCCGGGACAGAAUUCAUAAUUGACUUUCUGGAAGAGAAACUUGGAGUGAAUUUAAACAAAAACCUUGGUCCUCAUGAAAGAGCCAUCUCCAGGGCAGUGACUAAGAUGGUGGAGGAGCAUUUCUACUGGACCUUAGCUUAUUGCCAGUGGGUGGACAAUCUCAAUGAGACCCGGAAGAUGCUCUCUCUUAGUGGUGGCGGUCCCUUCAGUAACCUGCUGAGGUGGGUCGUGUGCCACAUAACGAAAGGAAUCGUGAAACGCGAGAUGCAUGGCCACGGCAUUGGCCGCUUCUCCGAGGAGGAGAUUUACAUGCUGAUGGAGAAGGACAUGCGGUCUUUAGCAGGGCUUCUGGGUGACAAGAAGUACAUCAUGGGGCCCAAGCUCUCCACCCUCGAUGCUACUGUCUUUGGACACUUGGCCCAGGCAAUGUGGACCUUACCUGGGACAAGACCUGAACGGCUGAUUAAAGGUGAGCUGAUCAAUCUCGCUAUGUACUGUGAGAGGAUAAGGAGAAAAUUCUGGCCUGAGUGGCACCAUGAUGAUGACAACACCAUCUAUGAGUCAGAGGAGAGCAGUGACGGGAGCAAAACACACACGCCCCUGCUGGAUUUCAGCUUUUACUCAAGGACAGACACCUUUGAAGACGAGGGAGCAGAGAACAGUUUUUCCAGAACCCCAGACACAGAUUUCACAGGACACUCGCUCUUUGACUCUGAUGUGGACAUGGAUGACUACACAGACCAUGAACAGUGCAAGUGACGGGCAGCCUCGCUGACCCUCCUCUGUUGGAGCUGCCACUCCCUGGGGUCAGUCCAGUUUCCCAGGCAGAAAUCCAUUGAUCUGGGAGGAGAUCUUCGUGCUUGGCACAGUUCUCACAAGCUAACUGGAGUAGAGCAGCCUUAUUUCUUUUUUGUACAAACAAGACACAGAACCAUUCCUAUGGCUCCAUUUAAAACAGAG